AUGUUGGAGAUUGUAAAUCCCAUACAAUUGCCCAGGGAUCAAGGAGUGUGUGACCUUGUAGGAUUGCAGCGAGCCAAGGGGGAGCUUGUCUGCACAGACUAUAGUGAGAUGGUAGAGCUCGAGCUAAUGUACCUCUUCAUAUUCAGUCCCAGCAGUAAAAAGGGCAAUGCGAGUCGGAAAGAUGCCUGGUCGUUGCCCUACUAUCAUAGAGUAAUCAACGAAUUCCAAUUUGUGACAUGGGGGGUAUGGGGAUAUUAG